GACCCGGCGCUGGGAGGCGGAGGAGGAGGCGCCUUCCUUCCAGCAUGGCCGGGUCCGAAGAAGAAGAGGCAGCCGGGGCCGCCGCCUUGGCCGAGUCCUGCCGCCUGCGCCGCCGCCGCCUUGGCCGCCCAGCCAUGCCGGCCUUGCUCUUGUCGCUGGGCUUGGUCCUCUCCCGAGGCUGCUGCGGUGCCUUAGCUGGACCAGUAGUUGAUCCACAUGUGAGAGCAGUAUGGGGGAAGAAUGUUACACUGAAGUGCAUAAUUGACAUAAAUGAAACAUUAACACAAAUUACAUGGGAGAAGAUACAAGGAAAGAGUGCUCCGACUAUUGCUGUUCACCAUCCUGAAUAUGGAUUUUCUGUUCAAGGAGAAUAUCAAGGAAGAGUAUCACUUAAAAACACAUCACUUACUGAUGCAUCAAUCAUACUAGAGAAUGUUACCUUCUCUGAUUCUGGAGAAUAUGUAUGCAAAGCAGCUACAUUCCCUCUAGGAAACUCUCAGUCAACAACAUCUGUAACUGUAUUAGUUGAACCAAUUGUGAGCCUGACAAAGGGACCAAAUGCUUUAAUAGAUGGAGCCAAUCAAACAGUUGCUGCCAUUUGCACAGCAGCCACUGGAAAACCAGCUGCAGAGGUUGUCUGGGAAGGUGAUCUUGGUGAAAUGGAAUCCACUUCAACUUCGUAUCCAAAUGAAACUGUCACAGUGGAGAGUCAAUACAAGCUUGUCCCCACCAGGUUUGCUAGAGGAAGACAUAUAACUUGUGUUGUGAAACAUCCAGCUUUGGAAAAAGAGAUAAGAAUGGUGUAUGUGUUGGAUAUUCAGUAUUCCCCUGAAGUUACAGUAACUGGGUAUGAUGGAAAUUGGUAUAUAGGACGAGAGAAUGUUUUACUCAGGUGUAAUGCUGAUGCAAAUCCACUGCCAAUGGAGUUUACGUGGAGUCGAUUGGAUGGAAGUUGGCCUGAAGGUUUGCAGUCCUUAAACAAUACUCUGCAUUUCAACAGUCCAUUGACUUACAAUUAUACUGGAACUUAUGUUUGUAAAGUGGCCAAUACGCUGGGCCAAAGAAGUGAUCAAAAGACUAUCUACAUAUUAGAUGUUCCAUUUAAACAGUCAUCACCAGUAGCUGUAGCUGGGGCUGUAAUAGGAGCAGUACUUGCUCUCUUUAUCAUUACCAUCUUUGUGACUGUACUACUCACUCCUAGAAAGAAAAGGUCCUCUUACCUGGACAAAAUGAUUGAUCUUCCACCAACACACAAGCCGCCAUCUUCAUAUGAAGAAAGAGCUCGCUCCCUGUCACGGAAGGAAAUAAUUCUUCCAAAACAGCACUUCUCUCUGCAGAAAUGCAAAGAAAAUGAGUGCCAUGACAAGGAAGGUAGAAACUUGCAGCCCAAAAAGAUGGUAAACUGCAGACAAUUUAGCUAUGAUGAUGAAAAUCACCUGCCCCAAGACCAUCAGAAAAUGUAUGUUUUCAAACAAACAAAUUGCAAAGAUUGGAGCAACAAGAAUCUUCCAAAUCCAGGCAAUGGAAGAGUAUACAUAAAUCCCAGAGAACAUUAUGUGUGACUUGACUUUUCACUUCUGAAUUGUGGAAAAUAAUAUGAAUCUGUCUAAACAGUAUUUUGUACUAUAUGGAGUUCUAGUCAAUGUAUGCUGUGGGUUCAGUGAGCACUCUGUUUACUUUAUUUGUGAAUGAAGAGGAAAAGAAAAUAGAAAAAAAAUCAAAUGAUUAGAGACUAGUGGUUCUUGACAGAAGGGUACUAUUACAAUUUACAUUUGUAAGGUAUUCUUUGUACUUUAAGAUUAGGCAAUCUGUUACUCUGUAGUUUAUGUACUUUAAGAUUAGGCAAUCUGUUACUCUGUAGUUUAAAUAUGUAUUUAAUGAUGAAUUUAGAUGACUUCUCUAGCUGGUCCUCUGAAUUCUUUAUUCCUGAAACACAUGCUUAAUGAACGUGCAUGAUCAUCUCCAUUUCCCAUAUAGUUUACAGUCUCACUUUCCACCACCCCUUCAGUUAAUUUGGUUGCUACUUACCUGUAGCAUAUGGAAAGACAUAAUGUGAUAUUAUACAGUGUUGUUUUUAAUGGUAGAUACUACUGAGAUGAGAACAAGAGAACACGUGCUUCUUUUUUUGGGAGCAGCAAUGCAUCUUCCUCAUGACUAGCUUCACUCCUAGAAGAAAAUGUGUCUGGUAACUGACAUAUUGGUUGUCUCUCGCAAAAUGCUCUCUUGUACUGCCAGUAUCAUCAAAACACUACAUAUCUGUCCCUUUGUUGAUACUAGCCAAUAAGUAGUAGCUUGCCAUUGGUUCAAAAAUGAGAUGGUGCUGGUCAUGUCAGCAGAACAGAACUUCAAGAAUGUGCCUCAUGAAUGCUUUUGCUCUUAAAUCAAAUUCUCUUAAUAUUUUGCUUAACUUGUCUUAGAGCAAUUGAAAUGUUCUAGCAAUAGCAAGUACAUUUCUAUCAGUGAACUAGCACUCCCCAUCUGUAAGCCAGUUGCCCCCAACAAGCUGGGUACUCACUUUAGCGACCUCGGAAGGAUGCAAGACUGAGUUGGACCUGA